CUCAAUUAAAACAGUACUGUUAUCAGGAAUGUGAAAUAACCUCUAAUCGUCCAAUUUAAAAAAAUACUCAAACAUUUUUUAAAUGACAUUUAUAUAAAAUAUCCUUUAAUUCAGUGAUUUAAUGAAGAUAAUAUAAUUCUGUUGUACAUACAAAAUGAUUUGUGCAGUGUUAUUCAGAAGAUCAUUGUUUACUUACGGCAUUCUCCGACCAAAUGAAGUCCGUGUGGGUAUAUCUAUGGAGCAGAUAAGGUUUACAAGCUUCUUUAACAAAUUACCAGCUGAGGCUUUAUGGAAAGGGGUGACAAGCGUGAGUAAUGCGGGUAAGAAAAGGGGUAGAGGUAAAGGAGCCCGUAAAAAGAUGAUGAAAGAUCUCAACAAGGGGCAGAUAAUCGGUGUUGGGAAAGUAAACAUGGUAUGGCCUGGAUUGACAACGCCUGUCUUCCGUGGCAAAGAACUGGUGGAACAACAACAGCUUCCUCCGGACCCUGAAAGGGAGGAGAAGCUUCUUAAGCUGCGCAACUCCAUGGGUGUCUUUCGUAGGUUGAAGUUGCUCCCGUCAGAAAGGGGGUGGUCAGGGAAUAGACUGCCCGGAAGGAGCAUUGGACCCCCGGACCCAAUCGGUGAUCAAACUUUUGAAGGUUUUGACACAAAGGUUUUAGAAUCCAAAAGUGUUUUUAAUAUGACGGGUAACAUGGGCCGCAAAAGACAAAUGAGUGUGUUUGUCGUUACUGGCAACGGAAAUGGACUAGCAGGGUUUGGACUGGGUAAAGCAUUGGAAGGAAAAACAGCACUGGCUAAUGCUAAGAACAGAGCUGGUCAAAGACUCAUGUAUAUAGAGAGGUUCAAUGACCGCACAGUCUUUCAUAAUUUUCAUGCCCAAUUUGGCCAGACACAAGUUUUUGUUAAACAUGUGCCAGAAGGAUAUGGUCUCGUUUGUCAUAGGGCCAUUCGUAAUAUUUGUGAAGUAGUCGGUAUCAAAGACAUAUAUGCAAAGCUUGAAGGUUCCCAUAAUUUACAACAUAUCGUAAAAGCAUUUUUCCUUGGGCUCCUUCAACAAAAGUCCCACCAAGAACUGGCAGAUGAGACUGGGUACCAUGUUGUAGAAUUCAGGAAAGAGACCAAUUAUUUCCCAAAUCUCCUCACUUCACCUCUAUCGCCCACUGGUCCAUCCAAAAGCUGUCCUUCAUUUGAUGAAUAUGUCAUGAGAGGAAGAGUACAACUGCAAAAAAAGAAGUUUCCACCAUUUUACCAGCAACUCCCUGGGUGGACUAACUAUCUCAAGAAAACGUUAAGAUACAGGAAUCAAGAAGAGGUCUUUCUCAGACUGAAAGCAGAGAAAAUUAUGGCAGAUUCAUAAAAAUUAGGGUAUUAACUUCUUGCCCUUGUGAAUUUUAAUAAAAUUUACUCAUUAAUGUUUUUAUAUAAGUUAAAAAAAAGAAAAAAAUAGCACUUUUUGUUGUUUUAUUAUGGGAUUUUACACUUUCCACUUCCCUUGUCCAAGAAACUUAUGGCUGUAAAUAUAGUCAAAUGUAAAGCCUUCUAGUAUGAAUGAAAAACAGUAUUUGUGUGAGGAAUUUUACAAAAUAAAAUAUAUAAUUAAAUCA